AUGGAACAGUCACAUAAUUAUGUGAAGGGAAAUUCUUUAUUUCAGUUUGACAGUAAAAAAGAAAGGGAGGAUUUGGCUUCAAAGUUGCUCAACAGUGACCUCAACCAAGAAAAACAAAAUCUAUACGACAAAGCAAGACGGCACUUUGCACAAGUUGAACAACAGGAUGGCAAUAAAAGGUUACGAAUUGACAGAGUGAAUAAAUCUGAUAGUUUAGAAAAAGAUUUAAUUGGUUGGAAUUUUCGAAGGAAUAUUCAAGAUAUAUGGAAAUGGAUAAUGGAUGACAAGGUGUCAGCAAUUGGAAUCUGGGGAAUAGGAGGGUCAGGAAAAACAGCCUUAGCAACCCAUAUACAUAACAAGCUUAUUUUGGAAGAAGCUACUAGUGAUAUUAACGUUAUCUGGGUAACUGUAUCACAAAAUAGCAUCUUGCAUUUGCAAAAAGUGAUAGCCAAAUCAAUUGAGCUGGAUAUAUCUGAUGAGUUUGAGAACCAUCUCGGGAAGUGGAAAGCAUUGCACAGAAAGCGGCACGGAAAUGUGAGGGUUUGCCAGUAG